GCGGCGCGGCGCGUGGCGGCGGAGCCCCAGUCCACUGCCGCAGCCCACGACGCCGCGACGCCGGCCGGCGCUCUCUCUCCAGCCCCGCGUAAACAAACACACAUUAUCUCCCGCAAUAGAUAAUACCGAUACAACGCGCUAUCACUCCGCGAUAACUCCACAGUGUGAUAACAGAUAAGGAACCGACUGGACGGCCGUGUUUCUUGGUGCGCCCGUGUAUUAUGUAAAAUCUGGUGAAAUAUCAAUACAAUAGUGUCGUGACCAUGGCCGCAGCGACGGGGCCCAGGAAGUCGGUGUCGAUCUACGACUACCCGGAGCACCUGAACCCCUUCCACGACGACGACCACCACAACAAGAUCCGCUUCUGGACGCUCGGCAAGAGCAGGCUGCAGCGCAGCAACAGCAUCACCUUCCAGGGCAUCAAGGACCUCAAGAACUCAUGGGCCUUCAGAUCGUUUAUGAGGAAAGGGAAAAAAGCACCAGCACAGGAGAAGAAGACAGCACCAGCUAAUGGAGACCCCAGCCCGAUACUCUACAGGAGAGCUCUACAAUACUCAUCCACGAGCCCGGCGGCGCGCCCUACGCUGGGCUCGCCGGAGCGGCCGGACCGCUACCAGUACGGGGGCUCCGUGACGCCGCUGCCUCGCUCGCGCUUCCAGGAGCGCCUGCGCAGCACCAGCAACUAUGAUGUUAAUUCUAUCGGCGGCGCGACGCCCCGGCUGGCGCGCAGCGAGGUGUCGGGCUCGCGGCUUAGCGUGGAGAGCACCAACCCCUUCGACGAGGAGCCGCCGGUGCGCGCGCCACGACGCAAGAAGAAGCGCGCGCCACUGCCGCCCGGCGCUGCUGAUGUCUCGGUAUGCAGCGUCGAAUCUACAAGCACCCAGCUGAACGAGUCAAAGAUUGACGAGGCUGAAGUAGACGUGCCCCUUAAUAUUGAACUUAAAAUCGUUGAAGACGAAGAAGCACCCAAAAGUCCUGUUACAUCAACUAUAACUGAGGAACGAACCAAAGAGGUCGCUGAAGCCAUCCCCGACCCUGAUACGAGUCAAACACAUCACACAGUUGAGUCACUACACACAAACAAGCUGGAAAUAGUAGAAGUAGAAAAUGACAAAGAUGACCCUGCCGAAAAAGAGGAUGAAAGUUCAGGCAUCGUUGAGGAAAAAGACGAAGCACAUUAUAUCAAAGUAAAAGAUAAUAGGCUACAAAUUGUUGAAGUUGUCGACGAAGAUGAUUCAGAUGUUGACAUUUUAAGCGGUGCGUCAUUCCCUAAAGUGGAUAUUACUAAAUACAGAAGAAACUCGAGCGUUAACGAAGACGAUAUAAAACUCCGGCGAGGUAACAUCGAAGAUUAUGUGGCAACAAAUAAAAGGAGCAAAAGUCUCAACAACGGAUUGAAUUCUGGCUUCGUCACGUUCGAUAUAAACCUUAACGAAAACAUAAAAGCUGACAAAGAUGCAAACGACAAUGAGACGCCACAAAAGGUAGUUUGCAAAAUGUACGUGGAACCGUCUCGAAAGCUGAGCCUCGAUAAUUCUAUUUCGAGUACAGAAAAAGAGUUUAUCGAGAUUGACAGAGCUACGAGAGAGUUGGAGAGAGAAAUUAGUAAACUGAACACGGCUUUGAUCGAAGACGACGACCUAGACGUGGUGGGCGCGCGCCUCUCCGUGUCUGAAAUAAAACGCAAGUUUGACAACAACAACUCUGCUACACCAAAUCCUAUUCCAAAGCCAAGAAGAAGUAAUCACGGUUCUAGUUCCCCCCUUAAUGGGACAUAUUGAGUCUAGGAUUCAAGUACAAACAUAAUAUAACUUACAAUACUAAUAAUGUACGACAGAGAAGUAGGUAUGUUCCUUGUGUACGACUGUAGUCAUUUCAACUUUAGAAUAGCUUCACCUAUUUGCACUGGUAUCCAAAUAAAAUUUCACUGUUAGUGUGAU